UUUCCCUUCAAUGAACCCUCUUGAAAACCCCACUCAAUAGUCAAUAGAAAACGCAACCAAUUCCCCACUUUCUCUCUCACUUUCCCGAGAAACAAACACCCAGUCCCUUCCAAAAAAAUGUCCUCUCGCCUCUCCUCCAUCCUCCGCCUCCGCUCCCACUUCCUCCACCGCAUCCCCGCCACCACAACCACUACAACAGCCACCGCUCUCUUCCACAACUCCACCAAAUCAAAAUCCAUAACCCUUACCUCCCUCUCGGAUCUACAUUCUCUCUCCACUCUCCGCUUCUUCUCCGCCUCCCGCCGCCACAGCCCCACUCGCCCCAAACCAGUUGACAUCGGAGCUCGAGCCCGCCAACUCCAAAACCGUCGUCUCUGGACCUACGCCUUAACCUUCAGCUGCAUAGCAGGUUUCAUCGUUAUAGUGCUUAACAACUUUCAAGAUCAAUUAGUCUUUUACAUAACACCAAGUGAUGCGGUUGAGAAAUUCAAGAACAACCCAUCAAAGAACAAGUUCCGAUUAGGUGGUUUAGUCCUUGAAGGUAGCGUAGUUCAUCCGUUAACAAGUCCUGAAAUGGAAUUCGUUGUCACUGAUUUGAUUACAGAUAUUUUAGUUAAGUAUGAAGGGUCCUUGCCUGAUUUGUUUCGAGAAGGACAUUCUGUUGUUGUUGAAGGGUUUAUGAAGGAAUUGGAUGAUAAGGUGAGGAAGGAAGUUGGGUUGAAGAAUGUUUCUGGGAAGGCGAGGAGUGGAGAGUGUUAUUUUAAGGCGUUUGAUGUCUUGGCUAAGCAUGAUGAGAAGUAUAUGCCUCAAGAAGUUGCGGCCGCGAUUGAGAGGAAUAAGAAGUUGAUCGAGGCUGGUGAAGUUGGGGAAGGUGGAGCUGAGAAGAAGAAGUGAAAUCAUCGGAAGCUGUAUUCGGACUUUACAGGGAGGAACACGAGAGAUAGAUUUUGGCAUUUAGCAAGAUAUGGCUGCAGAUGGGGGUGCCUCAACAACUCUGCAGCCUAAUUAGGACAACGCAAACAUUAAUGAGAAUAACCUUUCAUAAUAAGAGAAGAGAAGCAGCAAGGGCAUCUCAGACUCACUGUUGGUCUAUGUUCUGGGCUCUUUCUCAGCAUGGUUUUGAUUAACUGUUUUCUGCAGAUAAGAAGCUAACCCUUCAGUUGUAUUUUCCUUGAUAUAGUGCAUAUGCAUAAGAGGUUACAGAGAGUAUGACUUACAAUGUGGAGGAAUAAGCAGCUGGGAGUGGAGAAAUGGAAGAACGAUUUAUCUUAUUAAUCAGUCCAGCCAUAUCCUGUGCAUAAACAUAGUAAAAGUUAUCGACCAUGUAUCAGAAAAAGUAAGUCUAAUGUUUGUCCGAACAAGGUCAUGUGACGCAUACAUGAGCUCUAAAUGCAGGUUGAUGUGCAGCUAUCUCAAACAUACAGCAACCUGUAAAAUCAUAGAAAAUGUGAUUUCAAGAGAUUAUGCUACCAGGUUGGAAAAUUUAACAAA